AUGGGUGUUUUCUGCGGCCGGGAUCGCUGGGGGGAAUCCGAGCGCAGCGCCAUCGGGCAGGUCCUUCCCUGGCCAUUGCUCCGUGAGAUUGUGCGCUUCGUGCUCCUCCGGCCUAUGGAGGACGACGCGGCAGCUUUGGCGCCUUCAGCGAGCUCCUCCCUGCGGCCCUCGGAGGCCGUGCUCACUGCCGAGUCCAAUGCGACCAGGCUUUUGCAGAUGCCCAGCACCUGGCGCCAUCGUUUGGAAAGUCAGGGCGCCUCUCAGCUUGCUGUGCCCUGGUUAGCCUGUGUGGAUGAAACCAAUGGCGCGUACUGGCGUCAAUGGGAGAAGCUCAUCGAGGUCUUCGAGAACACCUUGCGCGUGCGCAGCGCAGAGGCCCUUGCCUCUGGUGCUUCAGGUUUCGACUCCGCCUUCCUGCAAGAAGUGAUGCAGCUCCACUCGGUGCUGCAUGAGAACUUGCAGAACAAGUUCACGAACUUCCAGGCAGACGUCAUGCAGCAGGUCGGCCACUUGCGGUCCUCGCAGAGCGAGUCAGCCUUUAGCACCAUGCUGCAGGAAAAGAUGAAGGACCCCAGUUGGUGCUCACAGCUGGGAAUCCCCUCCGAAGCCUCCUUGCGCUCGGCCACAGACUUCCUCGAGGGCUCGGCGGGCACGUCGGGUGUGACUUGGAUGCGAUUUGUAAUGACCACCAAACGCUGUUGUGACUGCUGUUUGUAA